AUGGCUUCUAGAAGUGCGAUGAUGGAUGACGGGUAUCCUUCCAGUUCGGCAGCACCAGCAUUCGACAGCCAACAUGAAUGGGAAGAACACCGUCGCGCAACCAUUGACGAUGACCGGGACGAGUUGGAUCUAUUGGGCGAGCAUGACAACAUCAACAAUCAUAACAGCCAUGACAACGACAACGACGUGAUCCUCGAUGAGGACCCUUUACGAGAUGACUUGAGCCAGCCAAUGUCGUUUAAGCGAAAACAAAAACAGUCUGUCUUCUCUCAACCAUCGCGAUUCUUCUCAGCUUUCACUGGUAGCCGGUCUCCUCGGAACUCACACGAUGUACCUGACACGUCCAACACGCGUUCGGAUGACACUCAGUCUGGGGCAAAAGACGGCGGGCCCAUGGAUUGGUAUGUCGAGGGCCCAGGUCGGAGAGUGGGCUACGAGGACUUGACCGCUAUUGACUGGAUCUUUGAGUACACCAAGGAACGCCAACGACUACGAAUGCUCUCAUCCGGCUCCAACAGCCUCGUGGGUUGGGUCCGCCUUCUUCUCGACAACAGCCAGGUCUGGAUAGUUCUGCUGUUGACGGGUCUGGCUGCUGGUCUGUUGGCCGCCGCCAUUGACGUAGCCACCGAUUGGCUAGCGGAUCUCAAGUUCGGAUUCUGCUCAACAGUUGACGGCGGAGCUUUUCACCUGAGCAAGAGCUCAUGUUGUAUGGGCUAUGAGGACCAUGCUCAAUGUCAGGGCUGGUAUCCCUGGGCCAAGGCUUUUGGUAUUCAUUCAGGCGGCGGCAAGUGGUUCAUUGAGUACUUCUUUUACGUACUCCUGGCGUUAUUCUUUGCCGUUUCUGCUGCCAUCCUGGUCAAGGAAUACGCUAUCUAUGCUAAACAUAGUGGUAUCCCCGAAAUCAAGACCGUCUUGGGCGGCUUCGUCAUCCGCAGGUUUCUGGGUAUUCAGACCUUGGUGACAAAGUCGCUAGGUCUUGUGCUUGCUGUUGCGUCCGGCAUGUGGUUGGGCAAAGAAGGUCCCUUAGUCCAUGUCGCCUGCUGUUGUGCAAACGUCUUUAUCAAGCUGUUCCCAAGUAUCAAUAACAAUGAAGCACGCAAGAGAGAGAUCCUGUCCGCGGCAGCAGCCUCCGGAAUAUCCGUUGCCUUCGGCUCCCCCAUCGGCGGCGUUCUUUUCAGUCUUGAGCAACUCUCCUACUACUUCCCCGACAAAACAAUGUGGCAGAGCUUCGUAUGCGCCAUGACUGCCGCCGUCACUCUCCAAGCCCUUGACCCCUUCCGAUCCGGCAAACUUGUGCUUUACCAAGUCAAGUACUCCUCCGGCUGGCACGGCUUCGAACUAGUUCCCUUCGUCCUCCUCGGCAUCACAGGCGGCAUCUACGGCGGUCUCUUCAUCAAAGCCAACAUGCGGGUCGCCGAAUGGAAGAAAUCCAACCCGCGCUGGCUUCCCGGUCCCGUCACCCAAGUCGCCAUCGUCGCCGGCCUAACCGCCCUCAUCAACUACCCCAACACUUAUAUGCGCGCGCAAACCUCGGAGCUAGUCUCCAAUCUCUUCACCGAGUGCGCCAAGAUCGUCGACGACCAAUUCGGUCUCUGCAAAACGGGCGCCGCCUCCUUCGGCACCAUCGCUUUGCUCAUCUUCGCCGCCGUCCUCGGCUUCUUCUUCGCAGCCUUCACUUUCGGCCUGCAAAUCCCCGCCGGCAUCAUCCUGCCCUCCAUGGCCAUCGGCGCUCUUUCCGGUCGCGCAUUGGGAAUCCUGAUGGAACUCUUCCAGCGCUCCGCCCCGAACUUCCCUUUAUUCCUGCACCAAUGCGAGCCCGACAUCCCGUGCAUCACGCCCGGAACCUACGCCAUCAUCGGCGCCGCCGCUUUUCUCGCGGGAGUAACCCGCAUGACAGUCUCCAUCGUCGUCAUAACCUUCGAGCUCACCGGCGCUUUGACUUAUGUCCUCCCCAUCAUGAUCUCCGUGAUGAUCUCCAAAUGGGUCGGCGACGCCUUUUCCCGGCGCGGGAUCUAUGAGUCCUGGAUCGCCUUCCAGUCCUAUCCUUACCUAGACCCGAAUAACUCAGGCGAGGAUUUGUCGCCUUUAAUCCCCGACGUGCCCGCCAGCCAGAUCAUGACCCGCUUGGACUCAGAUUUGAUAGUCCUCACCGCAACAGGCCACACCAUCGCCUCCCUCACAAAGAUACUAGAAACAACACCCUACAGAGGCUACCCCGUAAUCUCCAACCCCCGCGACGCCGUUCUUUUAGGGUACAUCUCCCGCGCGGAACUCUCUUACAUUUUAUUAUCGCCCCAAGGCCGCGCCGCGUUGGGCAGGUUACCCCCUGAAACGGAAUGUUUCUUUAGCCAUCAACCGCUGGCGGACCCGCUUACUACCUUGGACCUCAGGCCGUGGAUGGACCAGACGCCACUUACACUGCCGGGAAGGAGUCCGCUGCAUUUGGCUGUGAGUUAUUUCCAGAAGUUGGGGGUGAGGUAUGUGCUAUUUGCGGAACGGGGGGUGUUGCAGGGGUUGUUGACGAGGAAGGAUGUUUGGCUUGUGGUGAAUGGGGCGGAGGAGAGGGUGGGGGAUAUGGAUGUGGGAGGGGGGUUGGGUGGUGGUAGUGGUAUUGGUGGUGGGUUUGGAAAUGGGAGUGGAAGAAUGGGAGCUGGACGGGGGAGGGAGGAAGGAAGAGGGGAGAGUGCUGGGUUGUUGGGUGUUGAAAGACGGGAUUAUUUCCAUGGACAAGAAGGGACAAGAGAAGGGAGGAGUGGGAGUUUUGCGGGGAGUACUAGUGAGGGGAGUAUAUUGUAA